UAUAAAUAGCUAAUUGUAUAUCCUUGAUUGGCAUUCAGAGCUGAAGAUGGCAUUAUCUGAGGAGGGUAAUAGUGUCUUUAGGAGCACUCCUAAUUCUUUUCUUGGUGUGAUGGAUGAAGUGAUCAAUAAACCUGAAAUAAUGGGAAUACCAGAAUAUUUUAUUCGAUCAAAUAAAGAACCUUCCAUUCUAUCAAAUGAUGAAACCAAUCCCUUACCAACAAUUCCCAUCUUUGACUUUCAAACCUUGCUAUGUGAUGAUGGAAUACAACUUCACAACUUGUACUCAGCAUGCAAAGAUUGGGGCUUUUUUCAGUUGGUGAACCAUGGUGUUAGCUCUGAAUUGCUUGAGAAGCUAAAACUUGAGAUUGGGAAUUUUUUCAAGCUUCCAUUUGAAGAGAAAAGAAAAUACCAACUAAAACAAGGGGAUUUUCAAGGAUAUGGAACUGUAAUUAGAUGUGAAGGUCAAAAACUUGAUUGGGGUGAUAGAUUCUUCAUGAUUACAAAUCCUAUUGAAAGAAGAAAACCAAAUCUUUUUCCUCAACUCCCACCAUCACUAAGGGAUACCUUGGAGACAUAUAUCUCAAAAUUGCAAAAGCUUGGCAUGACACUUCUUGGAUUAUUAGGAAAAGCUAUUAAGAUGGAUAUGAAAGAAGUGGAGAAGAUAUUUGAUGAUGGAAAUCAAUCAGUGAGGAUGACAUACUAUCCACCAUGUCCACAACCAGACCUUGUUGAUGGAAUCAACCCUCACUCUGAUGGCUCUGGCAUAACCAUCCUUAAUCAAGCUAAUGGUGUUGAAGGACUAGAGAUCAAGAAAAAUGGUCUUUGGAUUCCUAUUACCUUUCUUCCAGAUGCUUUUGUAAUUAAUAUUGGAGAUAUUAUGGAGGAUUUUAAAUUUUUUCAAAAUCUACAUCUAACAAUUGGAAUAGUGAAUUAGAUGUAUAUCUAGAUGAAAAGUCAAUUGAAGUUGAUGAAGAACACUAUGAAGAUUUUGAGGUACUUCUUUACUCUCUUUAAUGAGAAAAAAGUAUCAUGUACUCUCUUUAAUGACACGAGAUCAUGUAUUCUCUUUAAUGAUACGAAAUGUGCUAAGUAUUGCUAUCACCAUAGUGACAUUAAAGUCUUCUUUUAGUAUUGGUGGCCAUGUUCUCACCAAAUAUAGAAGUUUCACUAUUCUUAAUCACAUUCAAAUAUUUAUUGGUACUCGAAACUGAUCACAGAUUUUCUGAAAAUCUGAAUGGUAAAUGUAGUAUUCUAAUUUUUUUUUUUAUCUUGUAAAAUUAUCUCAUGAUUGUUUAUCUAAUUGUUUCUAUUGGUUUUGUUUUCAAGAUGGGGAUGGAUACAAUGCUUCUAUUUGCGAUAAUGAGUCUAAUACUACUAUUUUUAACUCGUGAGGCCUAUGAAUGGAAAAACACGUUUCAAUUUGUUUUACUUGUUAGUUGUGUCUACAAAGCCUAUUGGCUCUUGCUCUUUGCUCUUUAAAUGUUUGUUAUAUUUUUAUUCAUUAAUUUGUUGACUUAAUAUUAUGGUACGAGAAUCCAUUAAUCAACUAGUGAUGAUGAAUU